AUGAACACAAGGAUACACGUUGCCAAAGAUGGUUAUAGGAUACUCUCGGUAUGGGAUGGGCAGAGCUUGCUCUGGAGCUCCUCCAAUGGUCAUUCCUGUGACCAUGUUGCUGUCGUUAGGUUCAAGGAGAAGAACGGUUACUCAAGAUACGAUAUGGUCAGACUAGUAGCUGUCUAUACUUGUGAUGGUAAAGGUGCAAAGACACCUUUUUACUAUGAGAAGAAAGAUGAGAAAUGGAAGGCUGUUGAAGAAGAAAAGUUUUACAAGGGCUUUCAUCAUGAAGUUUCGAAAAAUUCUCUGCUAGAAACCCUAGUCUUGAAUAUAAGGGGCAGAAUAAAUCACCUGAAUUCUUCUCUAGUUCUCCAGACUUCCCAUUCCUUGUCUAUGCACCAAAUGUAG